UGUCAGCACCGCUGGCAGAAAGUGCUCAACCCAGAGCUGGUGAAAGGACCCUGGACAAAAGAGGAGGAUCAGAAGGUGAUCGACCUGGUGCACAAAUAUGGCCCCAAGCGCUGGUCGGUGAUCGCUAAGCACCUGCAGGGACGCAUUGGAAAGCAAUGCCGUGAGCGCUGGCACAACCACCUGAACCCUGAGGUAAAGAAGUCCUCCUGGACCCAGGAAGAGGACUGCAUCAUCUACCAGGCCCACAAACGCCUGGGCAACCGCUGGGCUGAGAUCUCCAAGCUGCUGCCUGGAAGGACGGACAAUUCCAUUAAGAACCACUGGAACUCUACCAUGAGGAGGAAGGUAGAGCAUGAGGGGUAUCUUCAGGAGGGCUGCAGGGGAUUCGGCUCCGACCAUGGGGGGGUGAAGAGAAGUCACCACAGACCCUGUCCCCCCCAACCAGACACCCCCCACCACGGGCACAGCCCUCUGGGCAUGGAAGGACCAACACAGCUCGGGGGUUACCCUUAUAGCCCUCACUGUGGCCAACUGAUGGACAGCCUCCAAGACUCCCCCAGCUACUUAUCGCCGUCCCGCCAUGACGACCCAGACAAAGAGCAGAGAAUUAAGGAGCUUGAGCUUCUGCUUAUGUCAGCAGAGACCGAGGUCCGGAGACAGGCCCAGUGCCGAGGCCCAUGUAAUGUGGAGCGUUACUCCAGCUGGGCAGACGGCGUGUCAGACGACACCAUGACCACCAGCAGCAGCAGUCUGGAGGAUCAGGCUGAGGGAGGCUGGAGGGGGGUAAAGGAGGGCCGGGGCCCCUCGAUGGAGCUGGCUGAGGAGGGCUGGAGGGGCCCAGAGGAGGGCCGAGGGCUCCAGGUCCAGCACCACGUCUCCCCCAGUAAGUUCCUGUCUGUGGAGGCUAAUUCCGUGCUCUCCACCUUGCAGACCAUCCCAGAGUUCGCAGAGUCCAUGGAGCUCAUCGACUCGAUGUGUCUGGCUCUACAGGACCCUAUGACGUGGAGCGAGGCGUCCAGCUUCGACAUGUCUGAGGCGACUACCCCCCCGAAACAAACACAAGGGGGCUACGCACCCCAGGGGAGGACCACAGAGGGGAUGAGGUACGCAGUUGACCACCCCAAUGGCAUCUCCACCAAGCACUGUGCCACCAUGGGUCAGGGGAAGGUCCCCCCCCACACCCCGAAUAACGUGCCCAGAUCGAGUUUGCCUACCCUGGGGAGGAGGAAGAGGGGGGACCAGUCCCCUGAUAGGAGUUGCCCAUCCUUCUUAGACUCACCCAGCACCAACUCGCCCAAGAACACCCCCACGAAAGCACUGCCCUUCUCCCCCUCCCAGUUCUUCAACACAUCAGGAGGAGAGCAUCUGAGCCUGGACAACCCAGCUCUGACCUCCACCCCAGUCUGUGACCAGAAGUGUCUCCUCAACACACCCUUCCAGAGGGAGACCACGCCCAAACACCAGAAAGAGAAUGUGGGUUUCAGGACCCCUAAAAUCCGUAAGUCCAUCAUGGUUCCAACUCCCAGAACUCCUACUCCGUUUAAGAAUGCCCUGGCCGCCCAGGAGAAGAUGCAUGGGCCACUAAAGAUGGUGCCCCAGUCCCUGGCCUUUCUGGAGGAAGACCUCAGGGAGGUGCUGAAGCAGGAGGUUGGAUCAGACAUCUUCACCAGGGAACUACAACCACAUUUCAGGACAUGGAAACAUGAUUUGGAUGGGCCAGCCAGGAAGGUGCGUAAGUCCCUGGUGCUGGACUCCUGGGGGAAAGACUGUCUUAACGUCCAGCUAUUCCAGGAACAGGGCAAUAAUGCACAGGUCCCAGAGGAUAGUCUCCUGACCAGCUCCUUACUGAUGACCCCCCUCCCUGAGAGAGACAGAGAGGAGCGCCCCUGCACCCCCUCGUCUGGGAGGGAGGGGCCCUGUGCCCCCCUGCACCACCUAUCCAGCCCCCGCAAGAGGAAGAACCCCCCUUCAGUCAGAAUGUCCCACCACGAUUCACUUAGACAGGUAAAAAGCGAGUGGGAAGCAGUGGUUUAUGGGAAGACUGAGGACCAGCGGAUCAUGACAGAGCAGGCCCGGCAGUACCUGGGUAGUACCUACCCAUCCUCCGCCUGCACCUCGAGGGCCCUCGUCCUCUGAGGCCUAUGUCACCACACACUAUACCCGUCCAGCAGAGUUGCUAUGGAAACCACGCUCCUUCUCCUAAUGACUCUUAGCAUACUUAGACAAUCUGGUGUAGGUAACUCGAAUAAUUUAGAAAGUUGUGUAUUGAUAAGAUCCGUAAGUGAACACUCAAGUGUACCACAGAAUACUUUACAGAAAAAGCCAAUUCAAGCAUUUUUUUCUCAGUCACACUGGCCAAGAACCUUGAUGUCCUUGAUUUGAGUUUUUGUAGCCAUAAAUUGCUUGGUUUGUCUUUUGAAUACACACAAGCCUAGCCAUGUAACAGGUUUGUACAGAUAAGAAAUAAUAGAUUUUCUGCACUAUAAUGUGUUAAAACAGAACAACGUGCACAUACAGUAAGUAGUAAGCUGUAGAAAUAGACUGAUUAUUACUAGCAAUGGCUGACUCUCAUAUUGUUCAUAUAUUGUUUAAAUGAAGAAAAUCUGUUUUAUGAUGUAAUAUUACACGUAUAUUACACGUAUAUGUAUAUUUUCUAACUUGUUUGUAGAACUCCCCUGUACUGCUACACCCGUGUGGCUCAGUUGGUAGAGCAUGGCGCUUGCAACGCCAGGGUUGUGGGUUCAAUUCCCACGGGGGGACCAGGA